AUGGAGAAGCAGAAAGAACAAAUCGUCUGCAUAAAUGGCACCGAACAUAAAGAUUCGUCUUCACCGGAAGCGGAAACCGUUACCGUUAACGGAGAGCAAACGGUGAUAACAGAUACAACCGUAACCACCGGAGUCGGUGGCUCGUCUGAUUCGUCUUCGUCAUAUGUUGAGAGUUUGAAACCCGAUGACGCCGUUAACUUGCCGUCGGUGGGUUUACCGAAGGCAACGGAGGGAUUGCGCGAGAUGGGUCCGAUGCCGUUUUUGAGAAAGACUUUUGAGAUUGUUGAUGACGCAGUAACCGACCCGGUUGUAUCGUGGAGCCCGACCCGGAAAAGCUUUAUCGUUUGGGAUUCUUACAUAUUCUCGGAGAAUCUCCUUCCUAAAUACUUCAAGCACAGGAAUUUCUCCAGUUUCGUUCGCCAGCUCAACACUUACGGAUUUAGGAAGGUUGAUUCAGAUAGGUGGGAAUUUGCUAACGAAGGAUUUCAACAAGGGAAGAAACAUUUGCUUAAGAACAUCAAGAGGAGGAGCAAAAUCAACUAUAACAAAGACGCGAGCACUACCGGGUUGGGGUUGGAGAGUGAGACCGAAGUCGAGUCUUUGAAGGAGGAACAGAGUUCAAUGAGUUUGGAGAUCUUCAAGUUGAAGAAACAACAAGAGGAAUCUCACCAGCAAAUGAUCACUGUUGAGGAGAAGAUCCACGGAGUUGAAUCUAAACAGCAACAUAUGCUCGGUUUCUUUGCGAAGUUAGCCAAAGAUCAAAGAUUUGUGGAGAGAUUGAUGAAAAAGAGGAAAUUAAAACAACAAAGAGAGCUCGAAGCAGCUGAAUUCGUAAAGAAGCUGAAGUUGCUUCAGGAUCAAGAAACUCAAGAGAACUUGCCUGACGUAGAAAGCGAGAUAUUUAGAGAAGAGCUAGCCAUGGCUGUAACACAACUCAAUCCCGAGUCUGACAUUAUCAACAACUAUAAAGACAUGACUACGAGUUGUCAGCUUAAGGCAGAGGAGCUACUCGGAAGCAAGACUAUUGUAGAUGUGAAUGUAAGGGAGGACUCCAAGAGGAUUUGA